AUAUUUUUAUUUUAGCUAGGAGUUUUGUCGAAGCGUGCGCCAACAGUUCCCAAAGUUUCAGACGGUACGCGAACGCAACACCAAAGUCAAUAAAGAGCAACGGUCCAGUCUGUCCAGACUGAGCAGCGCCUGCGAACAGACAGAAGCAUGGCCGUAGAUCUGAGCCAGUGGUCCGGGCCUCUCGCCCUGCAGGAGGUUGAAGAACAGCCCGCGAAGCCUCUUACAGUUAAAUACGAAUCUCUGGAAAUCGACGAGCUCGGCAAAGUGCUCACUCCAACACAGGUGCAGAACCGACCUACCUGCGUCGAGUGGGAAGGAUGUGACCCGAGUAAACUGUACACGCUGGCCUUGACCGAUCCAGACGCCCCCAGCAGGAAAGACCCCAAGUUCAGGGAGUGGCAUCACUUUCUGGUGGUCAACAUGAAGGGGAAUGAUGUGUCGUCUGGCUGCGUCCUGUCGGACUAUGUGGGCUCUGGUCCUCCCAAGGGAACAGGUCUCCACAGGUACGUGUGGCUGGUGUACGAGCAGCCCGGCAGCCUGUCCUGCUCAGAGACCGUCCUCACCAACCGCUCCGGAGACGGCCGCGGCAAAUUCAAGCUCCAGGCCUUCAGGAAGAAGUACGGCCUGGGAGCACCGGUGGCAGGAACCUGCUACCAGGCAGAGUGGGACAGUUACGUGCCCAAACUGUACGAGCAGCUGGCUGGAAAGUAAAGGGAAGGCACUCGACUGGAGAUUAUCCACAUCCUGAAAUCACCUUUCUUUACCUGCAAUAAACCUGCAGAACUCA